AUGGGUUUGGAUAAACUUCGGAUAUUGGAAACUUCACUUUUUGAUUUGGAACAAAUCGUAACUGUGCAAUACCUAAGUAGGCAUGCUGAUAUGCCGAUCGAUGAUGCGAAAGAUGAAUUAGCUGAAUUUCUAAAACAGAACAAAAGCAAAACAGAACUACAUGCAGUGUACGUUGUGAGUGGCGAGCUCAAUGUAUCAGAUCCUACUAGUAGCAGUAGUGCAGCUAAUACAACAGCCACUCAUAAGCUUCGUCGUACGCAGUUGGUUCGUGAUUGUGAUUUAGAAAAGAUUCGACAAACUUACAGGAAAGUGGAAACAUGUGAAAUUUACGGUUUACAUACAAAACCCAUUAAGAGUCUUUGUCUGUUGUAUUCCGUUGAUAGUUUGGAAGAUGCCGAAUAUGAGCGGACUGAUCCUCAACGGAGUUGGUUGUCAUAUCCAGAAGCGGAAACAAAGACAAAAGAGAUAUUGGCACAUUGUAGCGCUAUUUCUGCGCCUGAAAUUCAGAAAAAAAGGACACAGAAGAAUUUGUUGUUGUCUACAUCAAAGUCUGCAGAACCGAUGGCUAAAAGAACAAAAAAUAAUAGAACUUCUCUAUUGCAAGCAGCAAAGCAAAAUAAAGAAGAAAUGCCUUCGGUGGAUAGGAUCUCGCAACAAAGAAAUGUUGGCAAAAAAGCUAAUAUAGUGUCAAGUGAAGCCAUAAAACGCCGUGGACAACGUAUUAUGAUUGGUAGUAAAGAAGAAGAUAUGGGCAAAGAAACUGAAUCCCCUGAGAAGUUAAUAGAAACAAUGGUUCCCGAAAAGAAAGAUGUCAUUGUGGGAACGAGCAAUGCACUCCUAACACAAGAUGAUUUGUUUUCUGAUGCUGAUUCCAAUCCGGACAAGAUGGAUUGUGAGCAAAACAGAAAAAACGAAAUUGCAGAAGAAAGAAUAGAUCCGAAAAAAUUGCCUCAGAUUUGUAAUGACAGUUUGAAAAAUGAAAAUAGUUGCGGAAGCCAGAGAAAAGCGAUACGAAAGGAGCAUGGCACCGAAACUUUUUUGGAUGUUGAUGGUUUUCUGGUUACGAAGCAAGUAUUGAAAGAAAUCGAACUUGAACCAUCAUCAGCUAAUGCAUCUACUGAAACGCGUAGCAAAAUAACGAAAACUAAACUUCUAGAUAAUAAAGAGCGGAGGAGUACUAAAGUACCACAAGGACAAGCAAAAAUCAGUUCAUUUUUCCAGAAAAAGUGA